GGCUUCACAAAAAUUGCCGUCACAAUUCCACAAUUUUUGGGUGCAACGCUCACAUUUUCACCUCGCAAGAACCUCGAAUACGCACAACUGAAACUGCUACAAGAAUCCGCCAGGCAACAGGACACAGAUUAAACCGACAAAUUCGAUAACUCCCUCUGUGACAAUGGCGAAUCCUAGAAGAUUUGCCUACGUGUGCUUUCUGCUGUUGGCGUUAGUUAAUUGCGGAGUUUUAGGGAAGAUCAGAGGUGCGAACCGUGGCGUCGACAAUGAAGUUAGACCAUUGGACGACACACCUCCUAGUGACAGCACAGCGGCAACAGUAGCAGCUCGGUCACUGAAGAAUCAUGAAGGAAAUCAAAAUGAAAAAAGAAAGCACCACAAGAAUCAGCGAAUGCAUCACAACAUGAUGGGCGGCGCCAAAGCAAAGGAGGAAGUGGCAGUACAUGAAGAAGAGGUUGAAGAAAAUUAUCCACACCACCACCAUCCCCAUAAUCAUCCAGAACAACCCGAUUAUGACCAUGUGCAUGAAGAUGAUGAGUAUGAUCAUUCGGGUGUAGAGGAACCAGAAGGUGACGACGAGUAUGAACUCCAACAUCCAAAAGGCGGAGCCAAAGGAGGAACGAAAGAAGGUGGAGCCAAAGAAGGUGGAGCCAAAGGAGGAGGAGGAGGAACAAAAGGAGGAGGAGUAACUAAAGGAGGAACUAAAGAAGGUGGGGUCAAAGGAGGAACGAAAGAAGGCGGCUCUAAAGGAGGAGUGAAAGAAGGUGGAGCCAAAGGAGGAGUGAAAGAAGGUGGAGCCAAAGGAUACAAAGUUACCAGCGAAACAUACUACAAGGGCGGAAAGAACAAAAGCGAUUCGAAGAGCGGAAAGUACAAGGGAGGAAAGAAUGACAAAGGGGCCAAAGGAGGCAAGAGCGACAAGGGCUACAAAGGAGACAAGAGUGACAAGGGUUACUACAAAGGCAAGGACAAAAGCAAGGAUAAAGGUGGAAAAACGAAAGGCGAUAAGAGCAAAGGAGGCAAAGACAAAGGCAAAAAGAGCUACAAGUAUAACGGACACGCUGUGGAGAAGAAGCAGAAAAGCUCCAAGGAAACUCACUACGUAAAGUCCAAGUACAAGCUGAAGAAGUCAUCAUCUGACUCGUAUGACUACUACGAAACCGAGGUACCCACAGAACAUCCAACUGUGCCCGAAGCUGAAGGGCCCACCGUGGUAGAGGUGCCCGUGACCUUUUACUUCGCCUUUGAUAAGCCUGAGGAAGACCCCGAAGGCCGACGAAAAUUGGAUGGCCAUGUUGAUUCAAGCUCUGGCGCAGGCGAACCAACUCCAGAAGAGAUUGAAACCUUUGAGCACGCAGUCAAGGAAUAUGCAGUUGGCCUAUUUGAAUACCUCCACGAAGAAAAGCCUGGCACCUUCAUCUCGGUGACGCCAACAAUAGAAAAGGUUGUUGUCCAACCUGGAGCCGACUACCCCUUACAGAUCGACGUCACGUUCCACGUCUUGUACAAUGAAUCGCCUGAUCACGCCCCCGACGCAGCUGAAGUGGCUCAGAUUCUCGAAGACGCAUUCAGUGCCGAAGAAUUCACCUAUUUCUACUUGUGGGGACGAGAAGACAUUUGGAACAACGUUUCUAGUGUCAAGGUUGAGCCAAAUCUCCCGGAAGAGCCGGAAGAACCAGGCCCAUCGGGCCCUGAAGUCGAUGUCUACUCCACAAUGGUUUACGAUUUCAGUACUGAUCCAACGACGGAACCAACUGACGAAGACUUUGAUGAGCUGACGACCUUGACACAAACCUUCUUCACAGACUUACUGACUGAUCUCUACAAGGACAACCCGGACACUCAGUUUGAAGAACUCGACGUAUCGCGGCUGGCUACGACAGUUGAUCUGGAAGCGACUCCGCCUGUCCUUGUUGACUUCAAGUACGAAGUAAAGUUCGACGAGGACUCAAUGAUCAUCCCAUCGGACGAGGAACUGUUCGACAUUAUGGCUGGAAACAUGUUCGAUGCCUACAUCAGGCUCUACCUUGCCCCCUGCGAUUGCAUGUGGGCUACGGUAGAUCGGGUUGGGUUCUUGGAGUACUCAGCAGAAGAAGGCUCCUCAGAUAGUUCUGAAGAAGGACAACCAUCGGAAGGGCUAAUUGGUACGGCACAAAGUGGGCAGAGAGUUCAGUCCUCAAUGAUUCACUCCUUCUUUGAAGGAACAGAGUCCCGACCGAGCAAAGACGACUAUACCAAGCUCGAGAUGGCCACGGACUUGUUCUUCGCCGAGACUCUGACUGCGUUCUUCAAGGACAACAACGAGACAGAGUUGCUCAGCUCCAACACAGAAAUUGAAUCCUCCUUCUACAACGAAGGCGAAGCGCAGCCUCUCCAAGUGGACUACAUCACAACUGCUACGUUCGCUGGAGUUCCUUACGACGGCUCCAUAUUUGAUCUUCUCCAAGGUGCAGCCUACGAAAACUACAUCAUGGAAUAUCUUUGGCCCGAGGGAGAGCCCUGGACCAACAUCAAUGGAGUCAUGCUUGUGGAUCGAAUAGAGACUCCUCCAGAAUCAUAG